CUGUAAGAUUCUUAUUAUUCAAACUUAUUUCAAAUGUAAAUGCGUUCAAUUGAGCCAAAAAUGAUAGGACAAAAUAAUGAUAUCGAAGAUCGUAAGCAGCAAGCAGCUGAUUGAAAUGAUUAGAAGACUUAUAAAUACCUUCAGUUCGAGAGCUUGUGUAUCCAGUUUGGGUUUUCAGCAUUCUACCAACAGCAACAGAGCCUUCAGGAUGAAAUUGUUCUACUUACUUUUAUUGCUUGCGAUUUUUAUCGUAACUAUCACUUGUGCACGCAGCAGCGGUGGCCGCAGUAGUAGACUCUUGGGUCUCCUGAUCAGUCGCCGUGCGCUGUGCGGGUUCGAGUCCCGUCCAGGAGAAAUUCUUCUCUUGGCUAUGGAUGUGAUUGUCCGUUGGUGGUAGAUGGUCUUUGACUGUCGAACGCGGAGGUAUCACCCGGCGGUUCUCGUAGGCGGAGCCAGAAUGUGUGCAUGUUGCAUGCACACGUGUUCCCUCGCCAGAGUCCGUGUGGCGUCCCCCCUUUCCCAUGUAUCCCCCUAUAGCCCCACGGUACCCAAUGGGUGCUUAGGCCUUAGGCCUUCCUGGUAGUUGGAGUAUAAAAAAAC